UUGCAAGCAGCACUUAGCAUUUAUUUAUUUUUUUAUUUUAUUUGGAAUACUGUUUAAAAAAAGGUUGUCCUACAUUAAUUUUUUUCUCAAUUACAUCUUACCAAAUCAAAUGUGCCGCUUUACCCUUUCUUUUGCAAUUCUUUUUUUGGGUCCAAUAAUGGGGUAAAUAGAAAGAAAAUAAAAAUUAAGAAAGAGAAAAUCUUUUCUUUUCUUUCUCUCUCUGGUCUUCGGUCUAGCAAAAAUGGAUUCCACACGUUGCCUGGAAUCCCAACUCCCGGCUUAUAUCAAUCCCCAUAAACCCUAGAUUCACAAUCCCACUUUCACAAAAUAUCUCAGAGAAACAAAAAACUCCUUUUUUGGUUUUUUUUCCCUCCUCUUUUUCAUUGUUUCACUUUCAACCUGAGAUUAUUACAUCUUCCAAGCCAUUGAGACAGCCUUAAUUAGGACUCAUAGCGGUUGCAAGCACUAUCAGGAAAAAAAAGAUCAGAUUUUUUUCUGUGUUAUUUGUUAUCUGGGUAUUAUGCAUAGAUCUGGAGCAACGAUGGCGUGGAACGUGUUCAAGUUUUGUACGGUUUUGAGGGGUCUGGGCUCCAUCAUGAUCCUGUUGGUUUUAGGGGUCGUGUGUGUCACAUACUACUCUGUUGUUUUGACUAAUUAUGGCCCAGCUUUGUACGAUGGCGGUCUUGAUUCCCUCACUGCUGUAAUUGUUUUGAUCUUAUUUCAUUGUUUGUUGGUGAUGCUGUUAUGGAGUUACUUUUCUGUUGUUUUGACUGAUGCUGGUAGUGUGCCACCUAACUGGAGGCCAGCUAUGGAUGAGGAGAGAGGGGAGGCUGACCCAUUGAAUGGUUCAGAGUUCAAUGGUUUGCAGCCGGACCCAUCAAAUCAAAGAAUUCGAUAUUGUCGGAAGUGCAACCAGCUGAAGCCUCCUCGAUGUCAUCAUUGUUCUGUUUGUGGGCAUUGUGUGCUUAAGAUGGAUCAUCAUUGUGUGUGGGUUGUCAAUUGUGUUGGUGCACUAAAUUACAAGUAUUUCCUUCUUUUCUUGUUUUACACAUUCCUCGAGACUAGUCUUGUGACUUUGGCCUUAUUGCCACAUUUCAUAGCAUUCUUUAGUGAUGGAGAAAUUCCUGGAACUCCUGGCACCCUCGCUACGACUUUCCUUGCCUUUGUUUUGAAUCUGGCAUUUGCAUUGAGUGUUUUGGGGUUUUUGAUCAUGCACGCAUCUUUGGUGGCUGCUAAUACCACAACUAUUGAGUUGUCUUUUGAACAGGCAUAUGAGAAGAAAACGACUCCAAAAUGGCGUUAUGACCUUGGUCGGAAGAAAAAUUUUGAACAGGUAUUUGGAACAGACAAGCGAUACUGGUUGAUUCCAGCAUAUUCAGACGAGGAUUUACGACGGAUGCCAGCACUUCAGGGUCUUGAAUAUCCAUCAAAGCCUGAUUUUGAUUCCCAGGAAUUCUAAAGAGUAAAAUCCUUUCUCCAUGCCAGGGAAUUUGGAUGAUUUUGUUGUAAUUAUAGAUACGGAAGCCUCGUCCGUUGUUCCCUUGUAUUCUAACCAGUAUAUUACUCCGCGGCCAAUUUGGCUUCCAAUUCAUUCCCACAGCCACAGGCAUCUUCGCGUAGAAAUAACAGUAGAGAGAGAGAGAGUAUCGGGGAAAGCAGCAUAUUGUUGUGAAAAUGGUUGGGGGGGGGGGGUGAUGGGCCGACAAAUUUAAUUUUAGUUUCAUGUUAUGUUCUAAUUAUAAUUUCAAAAGUUCAGGAAUAGUAGGUUUUAGGGUAUGGAAUGUUUUCACGUUGUAGGUUUGUUGUAAAACAUCUACAAAAAAUAUCUGUAAAUAUUCAAAGAAAAUUGAAUUUUUACCACAAUUCUUGGGAAAGUAAAAUCUGUAAAUAUUUAAUUUUAUUAAAUUAGUUUAUCUUUAAAUUCUCUUA